AUGAAUGAACCAUUAAGUUGGGAGGAACCUUCCAUCGGUGAGCGUGUUUCUGCGGGGAAGGUAAACGGUGUGCGGAACGUCUGCGAACAAACAACAGCAGAGAGGUCAAUAUAUAAACGCCGAUUAGAACAUUAUGCUUACUUUCGUCAGUGUUUGAUUAAUAUAAGUAAAGAAUCACAAAUGAGGGCCGCCAUUAACCAGAAAUUAAUUGAGAUGGGUGAGAGGGAGAGGUUAAAGGAGUUGCUUCGAGCCAAACUUAUCGAGUGUGGCUGGAGAGAUCAGCUCAAAGCCCUCUGUAAAGAGGUGAUCAAGGAGAAAGGGAUAGAGAAUGUUACUGUAGAAGACUUGGUCGCUGGAGUAACUCACAAAGGAAGAGCACUGGUGCCUGACAGUGUAAAGAAAGAGCUCCUGCAGAGAAUAAGAGCCUUCCUCUCCCAGCACUCGACAUGAUGCUCAGCAUAUCUAAGAAUACUCUAAGAGUAUGUCAUUUAUGUAUUGACGCAAUGCCAGAAAGCUAUAAGUUGAACUGUUUUCAUGUGAUUUCACUCUUCAUUGUGUAUUUUUGUUACUGCCAAUAAAGGUUGAUCAUGUUUGUACAUAUA